UCAUUUUUUAAAUUAAUGCUAAAAAUAAAAAUUAUUUAUUUCUUAUUAUGUUUAAUAUUUGGCUUAUAUGAACAAAAUGACGAAACAUUAUAUGAUAUCAAAUGGGAUAUACCACAUAUAUUACCUAAAAUUGUUUCAAAAAAUGAUGUAGUUGUGAUGAGAACACCUCAUAAUGAGGAAUAUAAUUGUUUAAUUGAUGAAAUGAGAAUCUUUGAGAAUAAGUCAGAAAUAAAACAUGAAUCACCUAUAACAUACAUGUCAAAAUUAUUUAUACAACCAAUAUGUUCUUUUAAGAUUGAAAGCUUUUGGAUUUACGAGAUAUGCCAUGGGAAAUUUUUUAUGCAAUAUCAUGAAGAAAAAAUAGGAAACAAAAUUGAUAAACAAGAAUAUAUUCUUGGAUAUUUCCCCAAAGAAUUGAUCUAUCAAUCAGAUGACCACAUUCACAUCAUCAAAACUCAGCCGGAGGAAAUCAAGAUCACUCUUUUGUCGUCGUUAGAUUCUUACACGAAGGAUGAACCCCUUAACACCUUGAUCAACUAUAGAAUUCCUACCUUGAAGAUUAGCCAUAUCGAUGCCUUUGCUUCUUAUGCCAAUAUAUCUGACAAAAUAAACACUUUUAUCGUCAACACGGCUAUGAACCUCGAGAGCUCCUCUAAAACUUACCUGAAGAUCCAAUUGGAGAACGGUACAUUUUGCCAGCUCCGAAACGGGAAUCGGUCUACCGCCGUCUACUACUUUUGCGAUCCAAAGGGUGUCAAUCAAAUUCAUUACUUCAGCGAGGUGGCCACAUGCGAUUACAAGCUAUUCAUAGCCACGCCUCUUUUAUGCGACCAUCCCCAAUUUUCAAUUAAAGCGAAAAUCUCGCCCGUGUACUGCUACAACGUGGCCAAGUAUGCUGAGGGUCUAGGAAAAAAGGACAAAGUGGAGGACCAUCUAAGAGAUUGGAACUCCAACGGUUCGAAUCGAAUGAAACCCAAAGCUUUGCUCGACAUGGAAAGAAACGAUUUUCAGCAUUAUAUAAACUCCCAGAUAUCGAAAAUGCCAGGCACGGUACAAAGCGAGCCAACUCCUCGUCCUACCGAUUUUGUCGAGGAUAGCUUAAUCACGAGGAAAAUCAAUAAACCCCCAAAAUUCAGCAGUUACGAGAAACUGAAAAUGGCGAGCAAAGAGAAAGGCGAAUUGGUUCACGUCAAUCAUGAUGUCGAUCGAGAGGAUCACGCAAGUUCGAUAGAUUUGGAAGUCUCGUCCAAACUUCUGAGCUCGAGGCAAGAAAAUUUUUACAAAUCCGUCGUUACCUCCAAAAGCCAUGUUUUAGCGUCGACAAAGGUCGAGAGAGAUUUCGUUCGAGGCCAAUAUUGUCUACGGGGGGGAGGUCUGGGUUGGUGGAAAUACGAGUUCUGCCUUUGGAAACACCUGAUUCAAUACCACGAGGAAAAAAAACGAGAGUCGAGCUCGGCCGACGCGAUAGAAUCGGAUGACGACGAUUCCGAACCUGAUUGGAGCGAAGAAGGCAACGCGAAAAAGACCCGCAUCGAUAAUAAGAAAAAAAUGGGCGACAGCUUAAUCGUCGUGACUAACGUGACUCUGGGUAAAUGGAAUCACGCUACACACUUGGCCUGGGUCGAGAGGGAAAAACUCAAGAUCAAGGGUAAAACCAGUAGCGGACUAAUUCCCCCCGAGCAGAAAAGAACGAGUGUGACUUAUUAUUACUCUGGCGGAGAUUAUUGCGACGAAGUCAAGUCUCCCAGAAACGCGACGAUCAAACUGAGGUGCAUCGUCAAGAAGGAUAAUCCGAAUUACAUCUCAAUGUACCUAUCCGAAAUAUCGAUUUGCAAUUACGUAUUCUCGGUCGAUUCUCCGAUCAUAUGUUCGCUCUUGGAUAAAAUUGACGAAUAUGGUUUCCUCAAAAAAGCCGACCGUAAGCGUAUACCACCAGAAGCGUGACAUUUAUACGACAACGAUAUU